AUGAAAAUAAUCACAAACCAUAAAAAGGCAAAUCAUUCUAAAAAAGCAUGCAAACAAAAUACAAACCAGACCUUUGCACAACCUUCCAUUGAAUCUACAACCGACACUCAUCUAAUUUUUCCUUCAAGCUCUAUAGUGACAUAUUUGUCUACAGAAGAAGUUAAUGCAUCAUUAGAUUCGCUUAAUACCCAACAAAUUGAAUUAAGUAAUGCAGCAUUUUGGAAAACUUCACCAUUUUAUCUUUUAUUGAUCUUUCACACAAAUUCGACCCUUCUAAUUUACUGGAGGCACUUUCUGAUACCAAAUAAAAUUGUAAGUAGUUGA